AGUUUUUCGAUGUUUCUUACACUUUUCAGAGUCAUUUUUCAUUGUUUUAAAGAGGUUUUUCUUAACGACGGAGAAGUGUUAAAAAUUAAGGGCUUGUGACGUGUGAAAUAUGACAGUAUUCCAUAUAUUUCACAAAAAACUCGAUAUUACGUCAUAAUUUAAAAGAAAUAUUUCUGAAGGAUCUAGAAAUUUUAUGGUGUUUCUCGAUAUUCUUCUAUCAAUUGAAGCUUCACUAUUAUUUGUACUAUUAUGUGGAAGAAAAAAAGAACGGUAUAAUAGUAAUAAUAAUAAUAAUAACAAUAACAACAACAACAACAACAACAGCAACAAUAAAAAUACAAUAAUAAUCGCGAAAACUUAUUGGGCAUUCCAUCAACGAUGCGACGGUGUUCGUAGACUUAUGCUUGUGAUAUUUAACGGUAAGAUAUUCGUCCAAUAUCGGUGUGGUCGUAAUGGCGAUGCGCACGCAUAAAAUUUCAACCCGAACAUCAUCGAUGUGUCUACACACAAACAAGCAAUUAGCAAAAGACAUAUAUACGGUGCCCAUUGUCGUAUCGUGUCUACAGCCGGAAUUAAAAAUCAGUGUCCACAUUCGAACGACUGAGGUCCCGCGAUCAGUAGAUCAUCAGCUUUACUCCGAACUUAUCUGAAAUAUAUAUCGGUGAUUCGGGUGCGUUUAAAUUUAUUUUUUGCUGAUAUAUUGAGUUGUUGGUGUUUUGUACGAACAUAUUUUAGCUUCGAGUGUAUUCUCCAAGUUUUUGCUUCGAUAUUGGAAUUUAAACAAAAGUAAGAAAAUUCAACAAAAAUGUCUUCAGCUACUCGAGCUACAAAAUAUUCAUAUCGCGCUAGCAGCGGUGGUGUUUCUGAUGUCAACAUCGAGUAUAGUGCCGAUUUAACUGCACUCACCCGAUUGGAGGACAAAAUCCGUUUGAUCCAAGAUGAUCUUGAAUCCGAAAGAGAAUUGCGUCAAAGAAUUGAACGUGAAAAAGCCGAUCUUAGCGUUCAAGUGAUUCAAAUGUCUGAACGUUUGGAAGAAGCUGAAGGUGGUGCCGAAAGUCAAUUCAACAUCAAUCGCAACCGUGACGCUGAAUUGAUGAAAUUGCGAAAACUUCUGGAUGAUGUUCACUUGGAAUCAGAAGAAUCCGCUCACCUUUUGAAGAAGAAGCAUCAAGAGAUUAUAAACGACUUCCAGGAGCAGGUUGAACUUUUGACAAAAGCUAAAUCUAGAACUGAGAAAGAGAAGUCGAAAUUCCAAGCUGAAGUAUACGAGUUACUCGCUCAAGUCGAAUCGGUAACUAAGGAGAAGAUUUUGAGUUUCAAACAAGUAGAAAAGUUGGAAAUCCAUGUCAACGAACUUUCCGUUAAAAUCGAAGAAUUGAACCGCACCAUUGUUGACAUCACAUCGCACAAAACUCGCUUAUCCCAAGAAAAUGUUGAACUCAUCAAGGAUGUUCAAGACUUGAAAUUGAACUUGGAAAGUGUCGUAUACUCAAGACAACAGGUUGCCACCCAAUUGGAGGAUGCUCGCCGUCGUUUGGAGGAUGAUGAACGUCGUCGUGCUUCACUAGAAGCUUCAUUGCAUCAAGUCGAAAUCGAAUUGGAAUCGGUUCGCGUCCAAUUGGAAGAAGAAGCUGAAGCUCGUUUGGACUUGGAACGUCAAUUGGUCAAAGCUAACGCUGAAGCCCAACAAUGGCACGCUAAGGCCGAUGCAGAAGCCGCUGCCCGUGCUGAAGAAGUCGAAGAACUUCGUCGUAAGUACUCCGCUCGUAUCCAAGAGCAAGAAGAGCACAUUGAACAACUUUUGGUCAAGGUUAACAACUUGGAAAAACAAAAGAGCCGUUUGCAAAGCGAAAUCGAAGUUCUCAUCAUUGAUUUGGAACGUGCCAACGGAACUGCUCGCGAAUUGCAGAAGCGCGUUGACACUCUUGAACGCACCAACAUCGAAAUCAAGGCCCGUUUGGAGGAAACCAUUCAAUUGUACGAAACUGCUCAACGCGAUCUCAGAAACAAACAAGCCGAAAUCAUACGUAUCAACAACGAAUUGGACAAGACCAAGGACCAACGCGAUACAUUGCAACGUGAAAACAAGAAAUUGGGCGAUGACUUGGGUGAAGCUAAGAGCACCAUCUCUGAAUUGACCCGUCGCUACCAUGAACUUGAAAUCGAGUUGCGCCGUCUUGAAAACGAACGCGAUGAACUCACCGCUGCCUACAAAGAAGCUGAAGCUGGUCGCAAAGCUGAAGAACAACGUGCCCAACGCUUGGCCUCUGAAUACAACCAAUUCCGUCAUGAAGCUGAACGACGUCUUGCCGAAAAAGACGAAGAAAUCGAAGCCAUUCGCAAACAAACUGCCAUUGAAAUCGAGCAACUCAAUGCCCGUGUUGUUGAAGCCGAAACUAAGCUCAAGACCGAAGUUGCCCGCAUCAAGAAGAAGUUGCAAAUUCAAAUCACUGAAUUGGAAAUGUCCCUUGAUGUUGCCAAUAAGACCAACAUUGAUUUGCAAAAGAUUGUCAAGAAACAAUCGUUGCAAUUGACCGAAUUGCAAGCUCACUACGAUGAUGUUCAACGUCAAUUGCAACAAACCCUUGACCAAUACGGUGUUGCUCAACGUCGCAUCCAAUCGAUCACCGCCGAAUUGGAAGAAAUACGUGCCAAUUACGAAAACGCAUUGCGUUCAAAACGCAAUGUUGAAUUGUCAUUGGAAGAUGCCCAGACUCGUAUCAACGAAUUGAGUGUUAUCAAUGUUAACCUUGCAUCAACCAAAUCAAAACUUGAGGCUGAAAUUGCCCAAGUUGCUCAAGACUACGAAGAAAUCACUCGUGAGCUUCGUAUUAGCGACGAACGCUACCAAAAAGUCCAGGUCGAACUUAAACACACUGUUGAAAUAUUGCACGAGGAACAAGAACGCAUUGUCAAGAUUGAAACUAUCAAGAAGUCAUUGGAGGUUGAAGUUAAGAAUCUCUCGGUCCGUCUUGAAGAAGUCGAAGCCAAUGCUGUUGUUGGUGCCAAGCGUAUCAUUAGCAAAUUGGAAGCUCGCAUCCGUGACUUGGAACUUGAAUUGGAAGAAGAGAAGCGCCGACACGCUGAAACCAUCAAGAUCUUGAGAAAAAAGGAACGCACCGUCAAAGAAGUCCUUGUCCAAUGCGAAGAAGAUCAAAAGAAUGUCAUCUUGUUGCAAGAGACCCUCGAGAAGGCUAAUGCCAAGAUCAACCUCUACAAACGUCAAUUGGCCGAACAAGAAGGAACUGCUCAACAAUCGGUAACCCGUGUCCGUCGCUUCCAACGUGAACUCGAAGCUGCCGAGGAUCGUGCCGAUCAAGCCGAAAGCAACUUGACGCUCAUUCGUGCUAAGCACCGCACUUUCGUUACAUCGAGCACAGUGCCGGGAUCUCAAGUAUACCUCGUCCAAGAAACAAGAACAACAAGCGUUGAAUAAAUGAAUCCCAUCACUCACAACACAUACUCGAACAUUUUUUACAGCAAACAAUUUGAUCAAGCAAAAUCAAACGCACUCUUUAAGAAAAUUAAAAAAAAAGAAUAAAAAAAAAAACAACAACAACAACAACGCCACCAAAAAGAGAGAAUUUUUUCGAAUUCAAAAUAAUUUACCAUCUGAAUCGACAUAUAGCAAAUGCUCUAAAUUCAUCAAAUUACAUUAAAUUAAUAAUACAUUAUUUAGUUAAUUUAACGAAUCAAAUGAAUGAUCAUUUUUUUCUUUUUUUCACAUACAUACGAAAAUUCUUAUUUAUUUUGAUCGCGAUGCAGUUGAAGGGAAAGAAGAAAGUCAAACACCAACGUUCAGCAACAACAACAUAUUCAGAAAUGAAAUGAAUUUAUUUGAUUUAUUAUAAACAUUCCCGGCACAAUAGAUGAAGAUUUAUUUUCAGAAGAUCGGUGUCAAGGCCGGGACCUACUAAUUAAUGAAUAAAACGCACAUAAAAUUAGCGAAAAGCAUAA